GGCCUGACCAACGUCAUGGUGCUGCCCCCUGUCUUUCGCCAGGUGAUUGACAUCCUGCGAGGGAAAGCGUGCCGGCCCUUCCCUCAGCCCUCGCCCAAUCAGCGGGCUCCGUGCAGCGUGAUAAAGGAGUGUCCCUCUCCGGGAAGCAAGUCAAACUCGCCGCUCUCCACCUCAUACGCCACACGUUGCCCCUCGCCUGGGGUCGACCUGAAGCCCUCACCUCAGCCGAUGGACACCUGCAGCCCCCCUCCCUCGCACCGGCCCCCUGAGGCUCAGUUACCCUCCUGGAGGAGGUCACCCCCCGUCGGCGUCGCCAACAGGAGCCAUUCCGAGACGGUCGUGGAACAGGGACUGACGCCCUCGGGCCUAGGGGAGAUAGCAGACUGCCUGGUCCGCUCUGAGGCCCCCAGGGCGGGCUCCGUUCCCGGGUGCUACCACCCCCAGCCUGCCUUCCCUUGGACCUUGUGCCACCCGGGCGCCGCUCCCUCCGCCUUCCGGACCAUGAGGGAGGAGGAGGCGCUGGGAUUCCCAGCGCUCCGGCCUUGCGCCCUGCGCCUCCUCGCACCUCCUGAGGGGGAGGCCCAUCUCCCUCAGCCGCCCCACCGAAACCCGGAGCUGAACAAGCCCUUCAGGGACGUCUGGCUGGAGCCUCAGGGUAGGCUGUGCGGCCAGAGCAGGGAGGACGUGCACUUUGACCUCAGCGCCAAUGCCAACACGGGGAAAGGAGAGAGCUGACCCACGGAACGGGUCAACUCAAGGACAAACAAACUGUGCUGUAAAUAUUGAUUUCAUUGGAUUAUCCGCCUGUGUCGUCCGUGGGAGAGAGGGAGGACAGAGAGGCCGGUUGAUUCCGCCCACUCGGAUUUUAAACACCGGCCAACAGAGGCAGUCAUUUCUCCUCAAAUAAACCGUGUAGAUACUGUU